AUGCCCGAGUCGGCAGUCGUUCGACGGGUGCCCAUCACCGAUUCUUGUUUCCAGGAGAUCCAGGAUGACGACUUUCAGCGUUGCCUCGAAGUUCUGCAGGAGCUGCAGCAGGAGGUGCGCGACACGGACUGCGGCGUACUGGAGGGGCUGCUGCGGCAUUUUCACAAAGAUGAGCCAGUGGAGUCCCUCCGUGAACUCUGGCAGGCCGUGGUUGAUGACGGGAGUCAGAUCAGGGCCCCAACGGCGCUGGUGGAGAGGUUCUUGCAAUGCGCGUGCACCUGCUGCAGGAUGAGGAACUUGGAGCUGCGAAUGGCUGCUUUAGAAGUUUGGAUGGACCUGGAGAAGUAUACCAUGACGAUUGAGGGCUGCCUGCCAAGACUGUUGGAUCAACUGCUGCCAACGCUAUUGCACAAUAUGGCGCUGGCAGAAGAGGACUUCUUGAAAGAGCCACCUGCAGUCCUUGAGGAUGCAGCGCUUGUCGAUCUUCUGAAAUGUCGACUCCAAGAAGGGCUCGAUCUGGAGCCAGUUCAAAGCAGCUUUACCGCCAGACAAAGAGCUGCAUCCGCGCUGGAUAAGCUUUCCAUUGUUCUGGAGGAGCCCCUUCUCACGCGAGUGCUUCCCAUGAUUCGGUCGAAGCUGGCCGAGGAGGCUUGGGAGCUCCGUGAGCUUGCAGUGCUGGCCCUUGGUGCCGUGGCCGGUGCCAUCAACUUGAAAUUCCUGCUGGUGGAGGACGUCAAAGCUCUGCUAUCAGCCUGCGAUGCACCACAGGGCCUCCUUCGCUGCACUGCGCUCUGGGCGGCAUCUCGAUUCGUCCCUCUGCUGGUGGAGCACCAGGAAGCUGUUCCAGAGAGCCAGGAGCUUCUGGACCAGAUGCGAGAAGUCUUCUUCAGCCGGCUGAAGGACCCGAACAGCAAGGUGAAAUCGGCGGCUGCAACCGGCGCCUGUGAGCUCCUGGAGAAGAACUCGGCGCAACUGCGACAGCAUGAGGAGUGGAUCCUGGAGGAGAUGCAGAAGGGCAUCCGCAGUGCUGCUGGUGGGGGCGGUGGUGCCCUCCCUGCCCUUUGCGAUUCCGUCACCACAAUGAUGGAACAGCGGGCCGGCAAGCGGCUCCAAACCGCUGGAGCCCAUGGGGGACUGUUAGCCGAGCUGAACGCCCAGCUCGACGGGGCGACUGAUGCCACUUCAAGCUGCAUCUUCGAGGCCUUCGCGGCCUUCGCAUCUGGCUGGAGUGACGAAUUCCUGGCGAUCUGCCCGAAGAUUGCAAGGCACGCGGUUCGAGUGAUCCGCAACGGCAUCUAUCCUGCGCCUGCGGCCGCGGCCACAUCUGCGUCCACUGAAGUGCCACAUGUCGAAGAUGGCAUCCCAGUGACUGUGUGUUCUAUCACGGGAGCCACCCUCCUCUGCGUGCGCCUGGAUGGGGAUCUCCGCGGUGCUGAACUCCGAGACAUGGCUUCGCGGAGCCUCAACGGCAGGCACUGCAAGUUGGUUGUGGCAGACCAGAUCCUGCCGGAGCAUUUGUCACUGUCAGAGUUCUGUGCCCGGGGUACUCUGAGAGAGCUGAUUCUGACCGCGAUCGUCGUCCCAUCACAUGAAGGCGUGAACGCCGCCCUGGAUUUUCUCGAGUGCGUCGUUGAGGCAAUGGGCGAGAUCCUCUGCAACGAAGCCAGCAUGCCCUGGAAGGAUAUUGUAUCUCUCGCUGUCGAAUGCUUGGAGGAAGAGCGCAAGAUGCCGAGAGAGGUGCUGCAAAGCACGUAUUGCUUGCUGGGCACCCUUUGCAAGUCCGAGCAGGAAGUGCUGGAUGCUCACUUGCGCAGUGUUCGCAUGAGACUGCCGAAGCUGCUGGUGCCCGGCAUUCGGAGGGAAAGCCAGAAGUCGGUUUGCAACAAUGCCAUUUGGGUGACAAUCUGUUGGAAUCGUCUCUUUGCCGAGAUUGAUCUCCCAGUCGAAGACUCCUGCAGCCUGGGCUCAGCUCUCCAGCAUAUCGCGAAAUCGACGGAGUCGCUUCUCCGAGAUCAAAGACGCAUGGCCUGUGUUGCCUGGUCUCUCAUUGCGGCCAGGGUCCCCGAAGUGGCUCAGAAUCUGGAAUCAAUCAUCAAAUGUUGGCUGCUGACCAUGACCGCCGGCGAGGAUGAGGUGGAUGUUGAGGCCUGGGCUGGUUUUUCUGUGGCUGCAAAGUCUCAGCCAGAGAUAUUGGUCAGCCAUGCCAACGAGCUGAAACGCACCAUCCAGUCGGUCAGGAGAAAUGAAGUGCAAAAAAGGCUCAGGCUGAUGGAGCCGCAUUUUGAAGAGCUCCUGACACUGUGUGAGCCUGCUCGCACUGUUGGGCAGGAAGCGAUGCAAAGCUAA